GAUCGAACAUGUCUACUGCAGCGUGAAAAGGUGUGAUGGCAGACCUAAACAGUGUUGAAGUUUGCACUUUGAAAUCAAGCAGAAACUCUUUGAUCGGUAUCUGGGUUUUUUUGUUGGUGUUAGAAUUUACUGUGCUGUCUUAAUGUUUGAAGCUGUUAAAAGAUUGACUUCACUGUAAACGGUGGUUUGGGUUUAAAUAAAGAAAUAGAGUGAUCGUGGUAUCCAUUAGCCUUAUAUCGAAUUCACACAUUUGUUACGAGUGGCUUCAUAACUACGAACAACAAAUACGAAUGUAUUUACAGACGCCUGCGCUGAAGGCAAUAUUUAUAUAUUCAUAUAAAAGUUUCCACAAAUUGACUUUUAGCAAGAUUUACUACUUCCAUAAUUUUCAUGGCGGCAACAAUAGAUUUGUUGAUACAGCAACACGUUUCUGUAGGCUUAUUAAUUUUUGUGAUUUGUACAUUUUUACCUGUCAUGCUGGUGACGAUAAUUGGAAACUUUAUUGUUAUGCUCAGUGUGUAUCGGAAACGUACUUUAGCUAAAUCUCCGAGUAGUAUCUUCAUAUCAUCAUUAGCACUCUUUGAUUUCUUAACUGGAUUGAUUGGAUUUCCUCUCUGUAUAGUCGCAUUUAUUCUUCGUAGGCAGUUCCUUUAUUUGGAAAACUGUGCAAUAUGGUACUAUGUACCCGCCACGAUAUUAAUCACUAUCUCAGUUUUCAAUUUAAUUUUGAUCACUAUUGAUCGAUUCUUUGCGAUUAAAUACCCUCUUCGAUACCAUGUGCGGAUGUCAGCUGGAAGAGCAGUUCAAAUCUGUAUAUGCGUUGACUUGUUCGGUGUUUUUUUCGGAGGAAUGCCAUAUGCAGUAGCUGCUGUUGCAAGUAUUUUUGUGCCACCACCUAAUGUGACGUAUGAAUACGAUUGCGGGACCUCUGCCAUUUACGAAAAGUAUGGAUCUCCUGUGACCUAUUACGUCAUCAAACCGAUUACCGGUUUGACAAUCCCUACACUGUUUAUUCUGUACGCAUAUAUUUUCUCAAUUGCCUCUAAAAAAGCGAAAGAGGCUGCCACACGCCGUGGAAAGAAAGUUAGAAACCGAGAAUUGAAAGUGGCCAAGACAACGGCCAUAGUGCUUCUGGCUUACACUCUGUGUAUUGCACCAAUUGCUUUAAAAAAGACUGUCCAACGAGCCGUUCAUAAUGGUUCCACCUGGCUUGUUUGGUACUUGUGGUUUGCAGAUUUUCUCAUCCUCGCUAACUCGAUGAUGAAUCCGUUCAUUUAUGCUGGAAGAAGUAAAGUAAUGAGAAAAGAAUUCAAAGAAACGGUUUACUUCAUCAUUUGUAAGGUUUCAUCCAAAUCAGAGGUAGAAGUGAAAUCAGAAGCAGAGACAUCCUGCAGACGACAAUCACAGAUGGUUGAUUCAGUGGCAACGUCAUCAACAGACUUGGCAACUCGUUACAAUAGUACAUCGUUGAACAGCACUGGCGAAGUUUCAGUGCAGAUUUUAUAG